CUUGAGACAAACAACAUCAGUUGGCCUAUCUUCAGCACCUGCUUUGAAAUAGCCAUUGCAGCAAAAGAUAAGUGGGGGCACUUUAAUAGUCUUACACCUCACCCAAGUUAUACUCAUCAUAUCACUGAGGAGCAGGCUAUUGAAAUCUGCCAAUGGGACAAGGAUAAGGCUGUGGCACAAUUCUUAAUGUCUCAGCAUGUUCAUGAUGGUACACUGUAUUUGGUUCAUCAUGUGACUACAGUUGCCAAACAAUGGACAGAGGUCAUCAAAUAUUAUACUGAAAAGGGAGCAUAUGCUCAAACCAGCUGUUAGACAUAGGAAUAGUACAAUACAAACACAUUCACUUACCUAUUUGAUAUUUCUUUCUUUUUCAGCAUGUCACACUAUUCUGCACAUCUCAGCUUUCAACC